ACUUGGGCUGCACAGUUCCCAGCCGGGGCGGAGGGCGGCCGGCCUAGAGCAGAGCCCUCCGGAUGGCCGAGCUGGACCUGACGUUCCCGGGGCCCCCGGCCCGGGUCGGCGCACACGCCCCAGGCCCCCUUGGCCCGGACCCCGGGAGGACCAGCCCGACGGGAGAGGAUGGGGGUUCCCCGGAGAGGCCCGAGGGGGACCCAGGGGGACAGGGCGGCGACUCUGCAGGGCAGGGGGCUCCCGGUGACGGCGACGCGGCUGAGGAGGACAUCCUGUGUGACUUCUGCCUCGGGGCCAGCAGAGUGCCGGCCGUGAAGUCCUGCCUGACGUGCAUGGUCAGCUACUGCGGGGAGCACCUGCGGCCGCACCGGGAGAACAGCAGGCUGCACGGCCACCAGCUGGCGGAGCCCCUGCGGGACUGUCACCUGCGCACCUGCCGCGCCCACCGCAGCCCGCUGGUGGCCUUCUGCCGGCCCGACCGCCAGUGCAUCUGCGAGGAGUGUGGCCAGGGCCAGCACAGGGGACACGCCACCGCCCCCCUGGACACAGCCCGCAGGGACACGGAGGCUGAACUUCAGCGCACCCAGGUAGACCUGGAGAGGAAACUGAAGUUGAAUGAAAAUGCCAUCACCAGGCUCCAAGCCAACGAAAAAUCCGUCCUGGUGUCGGUCUCGGAGGUGAAGGUGGUGGCCGAGGAGCAGUUUGAGGACCUCCUUGGUGCUGUGAGGAAAGCCCAGGCCGACGUGAUGCUCUUCCUGGAGGAGAAGGAGCAGGCUGCCCUGAGCCAGGCCGGUGGCAUCAAGACCCACCUGGAGCACAGGGGCGCGGAGAUGGAGCGGAGCAGGCAGGAGCUGGAGAGGGUGGCUGCCAUCAGCAACACCAUCCUGUUCCUGGAGGAAUACAGCAAGUUUAAGAACAUGGAGGAUGGUGCCUUCCCCAGUGUUUACAUUGGACUCAAGGACAAGCUCUCGGGUAUCCGGAAGGUCAUCACGGACUCCACCGAGCACAUAAUCCAACUGCUGCAGAACUAUAAGGAAAAGCUCCGAGAGUUUUCCAAGGAAGAGGAGUAUGACAUCAGAACCCAAGUGUCUGCCGUCGUUCAGCGUAAAUAUUGGACCUCAAGACCCGAGCCCAGUGGCAGGAACGAGUUCCUCCAGUAUGCAUGUGACAUCACGCUGGACCCAGACACGGCACACAGGUAUCUCCGGCUCCAGGAGGACAAUCGCAAGGUCACCAACACCACGCCUUGGGAGCACCAGUACCCUGACCUCCCCAGCAGGUUCGUGCACUGGCGGCAGGUGCUGUCCCAGCAGAGCCUGUACCUGCACAGGUACUACUUCGAGGUGGAGCUCUCCGGCCCGGGCACCUACGUGGGCCUGACCUACAAGGGCAUCGACCGGAAAGGGGAGGAGCGCAACGGCUGCAUUUCUGGAAAUGACUUUUCCUGGAGCCUCCAGUGGAACGGGAAGGAGUUCACGGCCUGGCACAGCGACACGGAGAGCCCACUCGAGGCCGGCCCUUUCCGGAGGCUUGGGGUCUACGUCGACUUCCCAGGAGGGACCCUGUCCUUCUAUGGCGUCGAGCCUGACGCCAUGACUCUGAUUCACAAGUUUGAUUGCAAGUUUUCCGAGCCUGUCUAUGCGGCCUUCUGGCUCUCCAAGAAGGAGAGCGCCAUCCGCGUCGUGGAUCUGGGGGAGGAACCGGAGAAGGCGUGAUCAUCCUCAAGGGAGGCUGCUCCCUGGGUGCCCGGGGCUACAGGUUGACGUUGGCCAACCACAGAGAUGGGACAGCAGGGUGCACGCUGAGGGUGGCUUCUGGGGAGAAAUAACAGGGGGCUUCAACCAGCCAGCAGUGGCAGCUGGGUUUUGAAAGCCUGAGGGUCUGUGGCUGAGGAGGAGGGUCUUGGGCUGCUCCUUUGUGUCCCAAGCAGCAUCAUUUUCUGUGUGUUGGUAGCAAUUCUUCGGCGCUUCUCCAGGAGGGCCUCGGUCCCCCAUCAUCAUCUUCCAGUGAUCCCCUCCCGUCUGCUCAGGUAAACACCACACUUGCCCAGAUUUGGCAACCAAGAAAAUUCAGAGUGACUUCAAAGCUUGCGCUAUGGCCAUAAUAAAUUGCUAACU